AAUAUCAAUUCUCUUUUGACAGAUCUCUUCACGACACAAAUCCAGAUUUUUCGAAAAAAAUGGGUGACUUUCAGUACUAAUCCCCUCCUAAAAUGAUAAUCAGCACAACAAAACAGUAAUAAUAUGUGAGGAAAUAGCAGAAACACAGUCAUAGGAUAUCAUUCUUCAACUAUGCAGUGCAACCCGCCAUUGUGCGGUGCUGGGUUUCCAGGCCUUGGACAGUAUCAUUGUUGCAACCAAUCAUUACCGCAAUACUCAGUCUACCCAGAAAUAAUCGGAGAAGGCGAAGUGGUAUCGGUAGUAUUUCCUGAUGGGAGUAUCCAAUUAUACUUCAUACCUAUAAACAAACGGUUCCCUCCAGCAUGUCACCCUCAUUCGAAUUACCAUCCAUAUUUCAAUAAUGGUACCGGAGCAUAUUACGUUAGAAGCAUCUCUAAUCCAAUACCGUCUUCUAUGUUCAAUCAACAAUGCCAACAAAUAUAUUCCGGUAGGUUUCCAAGACCGUGUUACAACUCCGACUGGAAUAUGAACAUACCUCCUCCUGGAUUCCAAUUGAAGUUUCAUAACGACUGUUGGACUUCGACAACUGAUCUACAUUAUUUUUUCCCUUGUCUACGUCAAUGUGAUUGGUUUCCUGCGACUCAACUCAAAGGAUGCGCGUCGGUCCAGGUGGAUAUACCUAUGAAGGCAACUACCUUUUGCAAUCAAGAAGUCAGCUGCGCAAAGCCCUGCAUUUGCUCGAUCAGUGAUGACGAAAGUUGGUCAGGAACCGAAAACGUGGAAUGUCACUGCGACAAAGUUGGGAAACCUCGACGCAGCAGAAGCUGCGUUACGGAAAAGCAACAUGGUUCCAAGACGCGUUUAAAAAUAAGAAAGAGUAAAAGGAGGCUAAAAUCUAAGAAGAGCAAAGUGGUGUGUGAAUGUAAAGAGCAGAGUACCACGGACAAGUCUAUAACAACUUAUGCUGAUCAGGCCAGCUGCGCCGCCGAGAGCGAGCGUAAUACGCAGACUUGCCGCUCGUGCACCACAGCCACUUCGGUACGCGGCGGAAGUAGUAUCGCUAACAGAAGUCACGUCAAAACUGAACUUUGGUUUCCUAAAAUAAAAAGUUCACCAAAAGAAGACGCAAUGCAAUCGAAAUCAUCAGAAAAAAUAAUCGGAGUUUAUGAAACCACGUGCAGUUCCGCAACUUGCUGCUGCUCGACCGACACGGACACCCGAGAUGCGUAG